AUCGCUUGUUGUGCGAUAAAAUUAAAUUUCUUUUUUAUUCAUUAAUUACUGUAUUAUAAUAUUGUGCGAUAAAUUACACAUAAUAAUGGUGUUGUAAACAGCUUAUAUUUCCAAUAUGAGUGUUCUCCAUUCAAGGUUCCUCGUAAACAUUGUGUUUUUGUGUUUGUAUUUUACCACACAUGUUUCGGCUAAAAAAUCUUGUGAUUUUAACAUCAAAGUGCAACAAAAUCUACUAAAUGAAGGAUUUCACAGGAACAUAACUUAUGGGAUUGUCUUCAACACUGAUAAAGAAGAAGAUAUCUGGCUGUACAGAGGUUGUAUAGUUGCGCUAGACCAGCCCCUCCCACCUGGAGUCUACUCAAACCCAGAUGAGUUGAACGAAUUCAGGAGAAUUAAAAAGUUAAAUGCAGUAACCAAGAACAGGAUUAACAUAGAACUGCCAACGGAAGAGUCGGAGUCGAGUAAUGUGUACAUCUUUGGCAGAAUCAAACAGGACAAGGCGUAUCUAUGGUUGCCCGUGCAUGCUAGAUACCACAAAGCAGUUAAAGGUGGUGGCACUGCAAGAAAUACAGUAAAGUCACCAAAACUAUACCUCCGGUGUCCAGAUCAACGGUUGGACGUGUGCGAUAAGGCUCUGUCGCCUGACACUUUCCUGUGCAACGGAAGCUCGAAGGAGAAAUGCAGCUGGAAACAAAUACCUUUCACUAUGGUGACAGAGCCAUUAAUAUGGGACGUCCCAGUGGGGGAUUUGGACCACUACUACACAGUGGCUGUUGGAACCGGUCUCGUGGUCGUCAUGGGUUCCGUUUACCUUCUGCAGGCGGCUCACGAGUACCAAACGAAACGCCGCGAGAGGGCGCUGUGAUAUGUUAGUGUUAUUGGAGUAUUUAUGUAAUUUAGUUUAAUAGUAUAGUUCUUGCAACU